AGAGCAUGCUGCUCGUAGCAGGAGACGCAUUACCUUCCAUUCUUGUUCUUCUUUGAAGAAUAAGACUUGAGAUGAUUCAUGUUUCAAGAGCGCCAGAGUUCUCCAGUUGUGGAAACAUGAAUUCAGUUUCGAUGCGCACACCCUCUCACAGCAGGCAAAGGUCUCACUCUUAUUACAUUCUGGAGGACAACAAGGACUAUGGUGUGCAGACACAGAUGGUGGAAGCCUAUCUAAGACCUCGCUCCAGGUCCUUUUAUGAGAUGUCAGAGCCUAAACCAGACUGUGAUGUGGGAAACUCAACAAGGUGUAGUCCACUGAGUAAGAAGGAAAGCUCCCUACUUCAGGAUAAAGUGAACAAAAAGGAAAAGAAAGAAGGGCAUGGAGCUGGUUAUAGGGGCACCCCUAAGAAGGCCAAGCCUAAACCAAACAUGCACUCGCAAUCAAGAGAACUUAAUGGCAAAGGCAAUCUCAAGUCUGUGUCCAUGAUCACCAUCUCUGAAUUGGACAACUGGGAAAUUAUCUCCAGCUCAGGCAUGAAGUAUGGACAGUUUGUUGACUGGGAGAAAAUUGAUCCUGAAGCAGCACAAAGAUACCAGCAGAUCCUGAAGAGUGAUCAGCAGCAGCUGAAAACUAUGGCCCGAGAAGGAUUCUGGGCCAUGCCCCACACGCUAAGAGCCAAAGCUUACUAUCACAUCAUCCACAGCAUCAUUACCAGUGGGUCUGUCACUCCAGAUAGAGAUAUCUACUAUGAACUAGUCAAGAAGCUCUUUGGAGAGCAGAAAGUCAGCACCCAUCCAGUCCCAGAGUACAUGGAGGCAGAAGAAAUACCAAGAUAUUGUCUCAAUAAAGCAGGCCUGAACUCUGUUAAAAAGAUCCUUCUUUGCCUUGGCAUAUACUUCCCCGACAUGAACUUCUGCCCCAUCCUUCCUGAACUGGUCUCCCUCAUCCUCCACUUCAGCCAGGACGAAGCAGAGUGUUUCCACAGUGUAUGCCGACUUAUCUGCUACAAGGACCCCAACAAGCGUUACAUCGACCAGACCUUCCUCACCUACCGCGCCUCCUGUAUGACUUUUGGAGACCUUGCCAACAGGUGUUGCAGAGGCAUCCGUAAACUGAUUGCCAGCUCUCACCAAAACCUCUUUGAGUUCUACUCUGACUGGAUCAUGUGGAUAUUCGCUGACCUUCCGUUCACAUACGCCAUCAGAGUGCUGGAUGUCUACCUAUUGGAGGGCUACAAGGUCCUCUACAGGGUGGCACUGGCUUUGCUCAGCCUCUACAAAGUAUCUGUGUCGUCUCGAGUGGCAGACGUGGAGGACUUCCGGACAGAUAUGAAAAGUUUUGUGCAGAACAUAGCUCGCCACUGCACAGCAGAGAAGCUUCUGGAAAGAUCCUUCUUGAUUCCGAUGGCCACACGGAGACAACUCAACCUCCUGUUCAACGCCAAUAAGGAAUCCCUCAUGCAAAAAGGUGUCAGCAUACACCAGAAGAGGCAGUCGGUUGCCACGGAGGACUUUAACAACUUCACCUCCAGCGUUGUGACAAGGACUGAGAUGAGAGUGGUCUGGGCCUGGAUACCUGAGCGCUUUGCCCUUUUCAGUCCCAUUAGGCUGUUUAAUACAGCUGAACACGGAAGGAGCCUUUCUUCAUUCUAUUCACAUGUGGAGGGAUACGAACCAGCUGUCUUAAUUAUCAAAACUGUGGAUGAAGAGGUAUUUGGUGCCUUCCUGUCAACAGAUAUGAUAGAAAGAAGAAAGCAUGACUCUGAGGGACUUGCAUAUUUUGGAACUGGGGAGUGUUUUGUAUUUACGCUUCGUCCCAGCAUGGAGCGCUACCAGCAGGCCAUGGUCAACAUUAUGACCCCAGUCACCUCCACCACAACUCUGAUCUGUCCUGCUGGAACCCCACAGGACCCCAGCUACCUGACAGUCCCCUUCACUGCUCCAUCAGAGGAACCCAUGACUGCCAAAGAGCCAAUGAGACCCCAGGAACAAGAAGCCUCCAUGUUCAUAGCAGGCAGUGACAGGGAGCUCAUUAUCGGUGGCGAUGGGGGCCACGCGCUCUGUCUACAGGAAGAUCUAGUGAAAGGAUACUCAGAGCCUUGUGACACAUUCAAGAGCAUCCCACUCUGCAAGGGACAUUUCAAGAUCCAGGCCCUGGAAGUGUGGGGCAUCCAGAACUCUAUUUCCUUUUCUCACAGUAUUCCCUCUCAGUAAAAUAACGGAAGACGCCCCUUUGUAACUACUGUAUGUAUCUUUUGGUAAACACUGAACCAGUUUUUCUUGAUGCUGUCAAGUUUAUUUUGAUGUAAAUAAUUAUUUUGUGAAAUGUACGUGUAUGCACAUUGUGAAGAGCAAUCGAGUGUGACUUUAUUUGACUUGUUGUCUACAUGUCUAGUCAACUUUAUUUGUACAGACUUAUAUGACCUACAUAGUCUUACUGGACUUUACAAGCCCACAUGAACAAUGGUUCCCAGGUGAGGAAAGCUCUCUUGCAGUAAUGAACCAAGAAUUAGCGGGAGAGUGCUAUGUGCACCGAAUAGGUUCAUCAUAAUUAAAAUCAAUCACAGAAGGUUUAUUAAUCUCAAUCAAAGGGUCAUCUUAACUGAAAAAUUACAAUUCUGGUUUUACCUCCUCUGAAGUCUACUGAUUUUACCUUUCCAGGAGGUAUGUAAUCGUACGUCUACAGGGUUUUAUUAUUACUAUUAUUAUAAUUAUUUUGCAGUUUAUCAGCAUUUGUUGAUACACAAUUAAAUUUCAUCUAUUUUU